AUAUAGAGAAAAAUAUUUAACCUUUCUCUUUUUUUUGUUUUUACAACUCCCAUUUUUAUUUUUUAUCUUUGCCACCUUAGAUGAGGUCAGUAUAGCAUAAAUGUGAAACAUUAUGUGUCUAAUCUAAGCAGGGAAAAAAAAAUCAAGUUGCAUCCAUUUAUGUAGAUAACUUGGAGGGAAAGUGCAUGAUUUUAUCUUGAGUUGAAAUUUUCCACUAUUUGGUGAUUCACUACACAUACUUUUCUAUGUCAACUAUGUGCCAGGCACCUACUCUUCUAGGCAUGAAAGAACAAAGAUGAAUAAGAAUAUCCUACCUUCUAGUUCUGCAAAUAGGAUGGAUAGGCUACCCUGAGGAACUAGCACUUUAUGAUGCACUUAAAAACGCUAAAAAAAAAUGUUUUAAUGAUAUUUAAAUUCAUUGCCUAUUUCAAAAGAAAGUAAGGGAAAAUCUUGGAGGCCAUAAAACAAUUCAGAAAAGUGGGCAAAUCUCAAAGUGAGUGGCUUCCCAGAGACACCACUUUCCAAGAGGCUUCUUUUUCUGUUAAGUCUUGGGUUAGCAUUGGUUUAAAGGACCAUCAGGAAGCAAAGCCUAGGGUCCAUGCAAGGUGGCAAGUUGGAUCAGAAACUCCAUGUAUGGCUGGGAGCCUCAAAAAGUUAUUGUGGAUGAUAGGGGAAAUACCUGCUCUGCAAAGGGAGAUGAUAAGAACUUGUUUGGCUCAUCUUUAGCUUAUUGAAGGGAAACAAAAAUGUCUCUACUAAGAAUUCUUAAUCACAAGUGAAUCAGAAGUUGUAUUGGACGAAUUUACCAAAAUAUAGCACACAGAAAGAGAUAAAGAGAUGGAAAAUAUUAAUGAGCAGUUAAUGGGUAUGUAUGAUAGAGUAAAAGGGGCUAAAAUGCAUCGAAAAAGGGUUCCAGAAGGGAAUGACAGUAUUCAAAGAGAAAAUGGCUGACAUCUUCCCAGAAUUGAGGAAAAAUACAAACUCUCAGAUUCAAGAAACCCAACAAAUCCCAUUAGGAUGCAUAGAAAGAAACCCAUACUAGGCACACUUACAUAGUAGUAGGAACUGGAAGGAAUUCACUGCACUUGGUCCUAUUAUCUUCUAAUGCUUUUUGUUGCAAUUCCUCACCACAUUUUUGUGCUUCCUGUCGCUGGGGUUUACUUCUUCAGCAUGUUGUUAUGAAGAUGGAGUAACUCCAGACCAUUAAGCUCAUAACAUGCAUUGCCUAAUUUGAUGUGGGCAAGCGUAUGAGAUCCAUUUUACAUAUGUAGAGAGAAAAACUGUGACUUGCUUAGAGUCUCCUAUGAGACUUUAAAUAGGGCUUACUCUGACUUUCCAGAAGCUCCCAAGCCUCCUGUCCACUGUGAGAUAUUUGGACACCAGUGAAUUCAUUGUACAGGGUUCUUGCCAUUGCACAUCCUCUCUGCCGGCUGCCAUGGCAUGCUGCUGGCCCAGGAAGCCAGUGCUCUGCAAUAGCUGGGAGAGAGUGGGAAGUAGCACUGGAGUUCACUAGUGAUGAGCUGGAAGUGAAAUCUUCCUAUUAUGAGAGUGGGUUACAGAAAUAGAAGUAAGAAAUAGUACAGAAAAUGAGGAAAGGGCAGGUAAAACAAAAUAGGAGAGGAGGAUGAUCAUAGCAAUAGGAAACUAAAGAGGGCAGCACUUGAGGAACAGAAAGAAUUGGAUAGCAGUGACCCCACGGUAAACACUAAGUUCCAAAUUACAUGCAAGCUCUUAUAUAAUACUUACUAUUCCAGGCUUUAGAAAUAGUUACUUGCUGAAUUCUUAUAAUAAUUCAUAGCUACCUAGGAGGUAGGCACCAGUAUUCUCAUUUUACAAAUGAAGAGGGCAUAGUGAUGCACAGAGGUACAAAGAUGUUAUAUAACUUACCCAAGUCCACACUGCCAGUAGGAAGUGGCUAGGAUCGAAGCCCUGCAUGCUGGCUUAAGUCCAUACUGCCCUCCACCACAAUGCCACCUCUCUUAAUUUAGAAAUUUUCUAGGUAUUAUCUGUGUCAGUGUUCAAAACUAAAUCCUGCCACUUAUUACUUGUUCCUUGGUCAUGCUGUGCCUCAAUUUCUCUCAACACUUUAAAUAUCUCCACUCUCUUCUUGAUUAGAUGAUUUCUGGGAAGUUAAAUGUAAUUCGUAAUUUUGUUUCUCUUAAGGUAAGGUGUUGUUUCCUCUGGCUUCUGUCAGGAUUUUUUAUCUUUGAUUUUCUGUGGUUUGAAAAUAAUAUGCCUAAGUGUAGUUUCCUAGGGCAUUUAUCCUGUUUGGUGUUCUCCAAGCUCCCUGAACCUGUGGUUUAGCAUCUGAUAUUCAUUUAGGGAGAUUGUUAUUUCAAAUAUUUCUUCUGUUCCUUUCUCCCUCUUUUCUCCUUCUGGUAUUCCCUUUACAUGUAUGCUAUACCUUUUGUAGUUGUCCCACAGUCCUCGGAUACUUUGUUCUAUUUAAAAAAAAUUUUUUUUUCACUUUUUGUUUUCUUUGACUUUAGUUUUCAAAGAUUCUAUUGUUAUGUCCUCUAGCUCAGAGAUUCUUUCCUCUGCUAAGUCCAGUCUACUAAUAAGCCCACCAAAGGCAUUCAUUCAUUUCUAUCUGGUUCUUUCUUAGGAUUUCUAUCUCUCUGCCUUACGUUGCCCAUCUAUUUAUGCAUGCUGUCUGCUUUAUCCAGUAGAGCCCUUAGCAUAUCAAUCAUAGGUGUUUUAAAUUCCUGGUCGGAUAAUUCAAUAUCCCUGCCAUGUGUGGUUCUAAUGCUUGCUUUGUCUUUUCAAAUAGUGGUUUUGCCUUUUGGUAUGACUUGUAAUUUUCUCCUGAUAGCUGGACAUGAUGUACUGAGUGAAAGGAAGUGGUAUAAAUAGGGCUUUAGUAAUAUGGCUGUGAGGUGGGGCUGGGGAGGAGAAGAAUCCUAUAGUCCUGCAAUUAGGUCUUGGUCUUUUAAUAAGCCUGUAUCUCUGCAUGGUGAACUUCACAAGUGUUUUUAAUUUAUUUUAUUCCCCUCAGGUGGGAGGGGAUGGCUAGUGCUAGCUGGAGUUACUUCCUUUCCCCCAGGUGAGUGAGGCUUUGAUAAAAGUCCCAAAACUUAGGCUCUAGUUAAUUAGUUUCCCCUAAGAUCAGGCCUUGUUAAGGAUAGAGUACUCUGGUGUAUUUCAAAACCGUUCCUUUUCCCUUCCCUCUGCUGGAAGUAGGAGGGGAUUCUGCUCCCAUAUUUAUUGUGAGAACCUGGUGGAGCAUUUGGAGGUAAGUCUCACAGUAUUGUGGGCUCUCCUCCUUCCAUGGCUGUGCUCUCCUGGAGUUUUUAACUCUCAAGAGCUGUCCACACUAAGCCUUCAGUAAUUUGUCAUUUGCAGUUUCAGAUGUUCUUAUCUGGCACUGGUUUCUGCAGUGGCUUUUGUUCCUGAAUAUACCAUGUUAAUUGAGAAGUUGAGAUUACUUUUAUUGCAAACGCCAUCAUAUGAUUUGGAAGAUAAAACUAUAAUACAAUACCGAGGAUCAAUUCUAGAGCUGCAGGAGCUCCUCCAUCUUAAGUUCAAUGUAGCCACAGAACGACUUCUCAGACAAGCUAGUACAUUAGCAGAUCUGGACAGUGGAAAUAUGGAAAAAGUCAUUCAAGAUGAAAAUGUUGCUCUAUAUGUGUGGGCAAACCUCAAGAAGAAUCCAAGGUACAGAAGUGUCAGAUUCUCUGAAACACAAAUUAGAUUUGAAAUUCCAAGGAUUUUAGCAACAAGUGGCAUUGCUAUACGACUCCUGCAUACUCACUAUGACCAUGCCACACCACUGCGCCCUGUUUCAGCAUCAUUACAAGGACAUACUGCCACAGUAACUCACUUUGUCAAAGAUGAAGUUCAGAAGGGAGAAGCAGAAAUCAGCAAAGAGCUCCAAGAAGAGUAUAAACAACAAGAAUGUGAGUCUGUAUCAGUUUGUGAGGAAGAAACAAAAGUUGAGGAACAAGGUGAUAUUGAAGUACAAAUGAGUUUUGUCCAGGAAGAAUCUGAAGCCACAAAAUGUAAACUGGAGAUGAAGUUAUUAAGUGAGGCAGUUUUCGCAGCACAGUUGUUGCUGAUAGAGAAUGCUAAUGAAAAGCCAUGUUUCUGUGAAGACAAUGAGGUUGAUUUAUGCCAAUUCACAACCCUGGGUGGAGUGUACCACUUGGAUAUUUUCGAACUUCCACCACAGUGUAAACCAAUGAAAGGCUGGAUGAUUGUGGAAAUUCUCAAAGAAGGACUGCAGAAAUAUGCAUAUCCUCCAGAAAGUACAGAAGACUUUGAAACAGAAAAUGCUUUCCCACCCAUAGAGGUCACGCUUGAAGUUCAGGAGAAUGUAAUCUUUUUUGAGGAUCCUAUGGUUGCAAGGUGGGAUGCUGAAGGUAAACACUGGCAGACUGAUGGCAUCAGCAAUGUCCUUUACCAAUCAGAAGAAAGACUUAUAACAUUCAGCCUAGAAACUUUUGGCCCUGUUACCUUGAUUCAAGAUACUCAUAUUAACAUGCCAUUCCAGUCAUGGGAACUCAGACCACUUGAUGUGAAUAAAGUACUUUUGACUGUGACUACGGUAUUUACUGAGAUACAAAUACAAAUUAAGGAAAACCUCUGCAUGUUAGCAUCAGUCAAAGUAGGUAACAAGAAACACUCCUCUACUUUGGAAGGAAGAUGGAUGACUCCUAUUUCUUUUAUUCUUGCUUUGAAAGAAACUGGAUUGAAUAUCUUUCCUACUGGACACUCUCAUUUUUAUGUUGUUAUAAAUCAUAAGGAACCCUUGGUAGAAAUUAAAGCUUAUCGACAACUGGCCCUGCUAAGUUCUGCUUUUGCAUUUGGUUGGAGCAAGUGGAAUGUAGAAUGUAGUUCAAAAAAAGUUAUAGUUAAGCUGAGGGAACACCUUACUGAAGAAGAACCUGUUCAGGAUCCUAACUGGACCCUUUUAAUGUUUAGUGGUGACAGAGCACAGAGGCUCAAAAUCAAUGAAAACAGUGAAACAUUCUCUGAAGCCCUUAAAGAAGAAACAGAGUUUCAUUCUACUCUGUAUCACCUGGUUAAGGAUUUUGCUUCCAAAGAAGCAAUGGAGAAAAUUAGGAGCUCCAAAUGCCAGUUUAUUGAUUCUGUAUGCUAUAUGCUACUCUCGACGAGAUUACUCAGCUACUCUUAAUCCCCAAUGGUAAAUUUUGUUCAGUAUGAAGAAUCAAGCAGUUUGGAGAAAAAAAUCAGGUUAUUCAAUAAAAUGUAAUGAGUUGAUAUAUUUCCAGUAGGUUAUUAAAAUCUAGUCAGCAUUUUAUACUCAAAUGUUACUUUUUAAAAAGUGGGGUUGUUUUUCCCAUGAAUACUUUCAGUUUUCACUGUAUGAAGAUUUGAAUGGUUCUUUAUUGCAAUAAAUUUUAACAAACAACAUGUAA